AUGCUGCUGCCAUGCAAACCACCAUCGCGAGCUGGCCUCGUCCGCCUGGCAUGGGCGCCAGCUCGUCUAGUCCAACCCAGGUCGACGUACCCGCUUCGACGGCUCUAUUCCACAGCUACAGGUUCUCCUAGAGCCGCAGAGAUACGAGACGUGGUCCAUCUCCCUCGGCGGAUCACCCCGAAAUAUCGCGAGCCACCCAUGACCACCUCCGGCCUGCUCUCUCUUCAGUGGCCGACGCCCCCUCGAAACAUUCUCCUCAUGCCCAAGCUCGGGUCCCCCCAAGCUAUCAGGUCGACCAUCGAUUUCGCCAAGCAUCUACAGAGCACCUAUCCCGACCUGAACCUCAUCUUCGAGCCUCGAGUUGCCCAGAUGGUCCACGAAGGCGUAAACUUCCCCAUCUACACCUGCGACCCCUCCCUCUUCCCCGACAAGAUCGACAUGAUCACGACCCUCGGCGGCGACGGCACCAUUCUCCGUGCUGCCAGCCACUUCAGCAUGUAUUCGUCCGUCCCUCCUAUACUGGCCUUCAACUUCGGCACCAUCGGGUUCCUGGCCGAGUGGAAGUUCGAGGAAUAUAAGCGAGCCUGGAGGGAGGCCUACAUGUCGGGAAGCGGGGUGCCGGUACGCGACCUCCUCACUCCGCACACGCGGGUCGCUUCCGGCGAGAAAUCCGACGAACCGGACCACGACACGGCAUCCGGCUGGCACAGUUCGCCGGGCAAGAGCAUGGGUCCCAGCCGGGCCGCCAAGAUCCUGCUCCGCCACCGGUUGAAAGUCGGCGUGUACGAUCCCAACGGGGAGAACAUCAACAGCCAACUUUCCCCGACGACCAGGUCCCAGGCGCAUCUCCCGGCCUCCAGUCCGGAGGAGGACACCAACACCACGCCGGGCAGCCGCAAAACCGUGCCCCCCGCCAUCCACGCCCUGAACGAGAUCCUCAUCCACCGCGGUCCGAACCCCCACCUCGCCAUCAUCGACAUCUACCUGAACAACCGCUUCCUCACCGAGGCGGUGGCCGACGGCAUCCUCCUCAGCAGCCCCACGGGGUCGACGGCGUACAGCCUCAGCGCGGGGGGUUCCAUCGUCCACCCGCUCGUCAAGUCGCUCCUCAUCACGCCCAUCUGCCCGCGCAGCCUCAGCUUCCGCCCGCUCGUGCUCCCGCUCAGCACCAAGGUCACGCUCCGCGUCAGCAACAAGAACCGCGACGGCGAGCUCGAGGUGAGCAUCGACGGGAAGCGCAGCACCAGCGUGCCGGUCGGGACCGAGAUUCGCGUCGAGGGCGAGAACGUGGGCGAGACGAGCGACGGCAGCUGGAGGGGCGGUGUGCCCUGCGUCAUCUGCGGGCCCGGCAAGGGGGAUACCACCGACUUUGACGACGAUGGCUGGGUGGGAGGUCUUAAUGGUCUUUUGAUGUUUAACUAUCCCAUUGGGAGGGGGUAA